GCAACGAGGCCGCGGACAUGAUCACGCUCGACUGCUCCAAGCUCCGGGGGUCCGCCGCCGAACGACGAGAAGCGCUCACACAACUAGACCACGCCCUGCAAACCUACGGAUUCAUCUACCUGGCCAACCACGGCAUGCCCGAGGAGGUCUACGACAACGCCCUGAAAUGGAUAAGUUGCCCCUUCACCCGUCUAAACAUCCAAAACUGACCAACCGCCACUCCAAGCGCUUCUUCAACCUCGACACCGCCACCAAGAACCUCAUCCCGCGGCCCGCCAGCGACGCCCUCGAGGACCACCUCGGCUACGCCGAGUACGGCGUGGGCCACAUCAGCCAGCUGGUCUUCGACGAGGCGGCCGUCGAGGCGCACCGCAUCGCGUCCCCGGACCACAAGGAGACGCUCGAGGUCGGCAACCCGGCCAACCCGAAGAACCAGUGGCUGCCGGAGCCCCGGUUCCCGGGGUUCCGCGCCUUCUACGCGCGGUUCUGGGACGCGUGCAACGAGGUUGAGGCGGCGCUGCGGCGCGCGCUGUGCGACAUCCUGGCCAUCGAGAGCGACACGCUGUGCCGCAUGCAGAGCCAGCGGUUCGGGCAUAUCAGCUUCCUCCACUAUCCGCAGAUGGUGCUGCAGUCGGCCUCGGCCACAGCCACCGCCCCCGCGGGCCAGGAACCGCGCCGCCUGAACGCGCACACCGACUACGGCGGCCUGACCCUCGUCUUCCAGGACCACGUGGGCGGGCUGGAGGUGCACGACGGCGCCGUCUUCCGGCCGGUGGCGCCCAAGCCCGGCACGAUCGUCGUCAAUGUCGGGGAUAUGCUGGAGCGUCAGUCGAAUGGGCGGUGGAAGAGCGCCUUGCAUCAGGUCGUGGGGCCGCGCGAGGAGACGCUGGGGGCUCGGUCGGACAAGGGCAAGCUGGUGUUCGAUCGCUACUCGAUUGCGUAUACCGGGGCAGUGGACCCCGAGGUCAUGAUCGAGACUUUGCCGGGCUGUGACGUGCCGGGGAAAUGGAGGCCCAGUAUGGCCGACUGGGACCAGGAGAAGCCGGUGACUUCCUAUGAGUGGCUGACCAAACGGGUGGCCGCGGAGUAUCACCAGGGCUGAAUUGGGACCGUAAUGUAAAUGGUGUUUUGAGGUAGUGGUCUGCAGUUGGGAAAUUGUAUUACCCAUUCAAAUUAGGGCUCGUGCGGGCGAAGGGUAGCGAUCAGCGCGGUGCAUGGCAUGCUGCGAGGGCCCUCCCGUCAAUAGUCUG